AUGGAGUUUGAUGAAUGUACAUGUAGUUUAACAAAGGGCAUAUGGUGCAACACUGGAUUGAGUGAAAACUUGUGUUUUCCACAAAUCAAAAUUAUGGGCAAUGUUUUCCAUGAAGUGGAGAAUGGGAAUCGUCCAUACAGCAAAAUUACCAUAUAUCAGGGCGAGUCUGCAAAAGUCAAAGUGUUACCCCUGGCUACAGUCUUCCAAAUGGUCCAAGACACAGUUACAUUACACGAGAAUGGUGGAUUCCUCAAACCAAAGCAACGCCUGUCAGUAAUAGGUCAAGUAGAAUCAUGUGACCAACCUCCUGAACUUCUCAAUGGGGAAGUUAAGGGAACAAAGAAAGAAGAAUACAGCCAUGAUGACGUGGUGGAAUAUGUUUGCAAUCCUAGAUAUCUACUGAAGGGACCCAAUAAUCAGUGCGUUGAUGGGAAGUGGACAACCUUGCCGAUAUGUGUUGAGGAGAAGAGAACAUGUGGAGACAUACCUGAACUUGAGCAUGGCUCUGUACACUUUUCUAUUCCUCCCUACAAUCAUGGAGAUUCAGUGGAGUUCACCUGCUUGGAAACAUUCACAAUGAUUGGAAGCGGGUCAGUUUCAUGCAUUAGUGGAAGGUGGACCCAGCUUCCUAAAUGUGUUGCAACAGAUCAACUGGAGAAGUGUAAAGCACCAAAGAUAACUCGUGUGGACAGAAUUCAACCCAAUAAGAAAGAAUUUCAUCAUAAUGUUAGCAUGGUUUACAAAUGUAGAGAAAAGAAGGAGUAUAAACACUCAACCUGCGUCAAUGGAAGGUGGGAUCCUGAGCCAACCUGUACAGAGGAAGAAUCCUGCCCUCCUCCACCACAGAUUCCAAAUGCCCAAGUGAUGCAAACCACAGUGAAAUACCAGGAUGGAGAGAAAGUAUCUGUUCUUUGUCAAGACAAUUACCGAACACAGGACACAGAAGAAAUGGUGUGCAGAGAUGGGAGGUGGCAGUCAUUACCACGCUGCAUUGGGAAAUGUGGGCCUCCUCCACCUAUUGACAAUGGAGACAUCACCUCCUUCCCAUUGCGAAUAUAUGCACUAUCAUCAUCAGUUGAAUAUCAGUGCCAGUACUUGUACCAACUGCAGGGCAACAAGAAAAUAACAUGUAGAAAUGGAGAGUGGUCAGAGCCACCAAAAUGUUUACAUCCAUGUGUAAUAUCAGAAGAAAUUAUGGAAAGACAUAAUAUAACUCUCAGAUGGAUAGAAAACCAAAAGCUAUAUAUCAAAUCAGGAGACUAUGCUGAAUUUCAGUGUAAAUCUGGAUAUAGACAAACAAAUACAAGACCUCCAUUACGUACACUGUGCAUUGAUGGUCACAUUGAUUUUCCCAGUUGCUCCAUAUACAUGAUUAGUUCAAAGGAUGAAUGAACCUUUGUUUGGAAAUAUGCAUGCAUAUUGCUAAGACAGUUUCAGUAUAAGUUUGGGGCUGGAGAGAUGGCUCAGCCGUUAAAGGCUAGGCUCACAACCAAAAAUCAGUAUAAGUUUGAAGUAUUAUUUAACUCAUUUCUUCUCAUAAGUAUAAACUUGUGGUGGUAUAUAAUGAUUAAUUUGGAGCCUAAGAGACCACUGCUACAAAUGCAAAGCAGUGCAUUCAAAACUCUUAAAGCAGAAUGUGCUGUGUGCUAGCACAAAACACAAUGGUAAUAAAAGAGAUGUAACUUCUUAGUGUCUGUUUCUACCCAUCAUUUUUCAAAAUCUCUCCAAUCUUCCUCAGGAGAUUUUGAUCUAAGGUUCUGAUUCCUGGUGAAUAGAAGUCAUAUUGUUUCAUCUUCAAAUUAGUAUUAUCUCACAAAUGUGUAAUAAUCAAACUGUCAUAAUUAACAUUACUAAUGAAUAUAAAUAAUUGCCAAAUACUACAUUUGUGUUAAUAAACAAAUCUAAGAAACAUUUUGUCAUGAACUUCUGAAUACGUUAAUUAAGCACAUUGAAAUAUUUAAGCAAUUAUACAAAGGAAUUAAAAUUUAACUCAGUAUAGGACUUUGCCACUGAUAUAAAUUUAUAAAUACUCUCUAUACCUGAUAAACAGGCAAAAAGUACAUGCAUACUGUGUGCCCAAAUUAA